AUGUCGUUAUCCUGUCAGUCCGCAGCUCGCAGCUGCAUAAGAUCUCUCCGAUCAUCCUCCUCUCUUCGCGUUUCCACAGCGUCCCUUGCACAGAGAAGAAGCCCCUCCGCGCGAUGGGCGUCAACAGAGGCGGCUUCCGCGAACCCAAAGAUCUCCGGGAUUGUGGACCAGAUCAGUCAAUUGACUUUACUAGAGACAGCUGACUUAGUUGCCAGCUUAAAGUCACGAUUAAAUAUUCCUGAUAUGCCAAUGGGAGGCUUCGCUGGUCCUGCCCAAGCUGCUGCACCAGUUGAGGAGGAGGAUGCUGCACCAGUACAACAAGAGAAAACUCUGUUUAACCUGAAAUUGGCUUCAUUUGAGACGGGGGCAAAACCUAAGAUUAUCAAGGAGAUCAAGAGCAUGCUAGGAUUGAGUUUGGUGGACAGCAAGAAGUUUGUCGAAAGUGCGCCGAAGAUGAUGAAGGAGGGUGUGCCAAAGGAGGAAGCGGAGAAGAUUAUUGCGACAUUGAAGGAAUUGGGGGCGGUCGUCGUCAUGGAAUAG